GAGUGAGUCAGUGCUGCCGCGCAGCUUGCGAGAGAGGUUCAGCGCGCUGUAACGGCUAUCUUCCGCUACGAUGGCCGGAAGCUUCUUCCGAGUAGUUACUCUGUUGUUGGUGUUGGCACUAGAAACCUUUGCCUCGAAGAUACUGGUGGUGGUCCCAACGCCAUCUCACAGUCAUCAGACGCAGUUCCGCAUAUUAACGAAUGCUUUACUUGCAAAGGGCCAUGAGGUCACUUUAUUUACUGCAAUACCUCUCAAGACUUCCCAGGAAAACCUAACAGAGGUUGACAUAUCUCAAACCACCAAACUGAAAAACGACUUCGUUGGUUUGGCUGACAAGUCACCUGAGGAAACUCUUCCAGAUCUCCGAGAUGUGGGAUAUGCGAGGGCUCACUUUCAACUCAAUGAGCCAGCUGUACGGGAUUUCAUCAGGAAAAACCACACGUUCGACCUGGUGAUCUUCGAGCGGAUGCCCUACCAAGCCUACUACGGACUGUUCCACAGGGUCGGAUCACCUCCUCUGGUCGGCUUUGUCACAUUCUCUGCUCUUGCACCAACGUACUAUACCUUGGGAAAUGCCAUGAACCCGGCUUACCUGCCCGAGGUCAGGGUUGGCCUCUCUGAUCACAUGACCUUCUGGGAGCGCUUGUACAACACCUACUUCUAUCUGAGGUUUUAUCACACGUGGUUCUACCAAGUGCUCCCGAAACAGGAGACUCUCAUGAGAGAAGUCUUCGGAACUAAACCACCUUCGGUUUACGAAACUGAGCGCAACUACAGUUUACUCAUAGUCGGCAACCAUUUCUCUCUGGAGUACCCUCGACCGCAGCUGCCGAACGUUAUAGAGAUUACUGGCAUCCACGUAUCGACCAAGAUCGAGAAGUUACCGAAGAAUACUCAAGAUUUCUUGGACGGAGCGGAGCAUGGCGUCGUCUACUGCAGCCUUGGUUCCAACGUCCGAAGCAAGGAUCUUCCGUUGGAGAAGAUUCAGGCCCUCAUGGAUGCAUUCAGAGAGCUGCCGCAGCGCGUCAUCUGGAAGUGGGAGAACGACUCCCUGCCUUCUCAGCCAGACAACGUCAUGGUCGGCAAGUGGCUGCCACAACAGUCCAUACUGGAUCAGCCGAAAGUUCGCCUCUUCAUAUCGCAGGGAGGUCUCCAGAGUAUGAAUGAGGCGACGUACCAUGCGGUUCCACUGCUGGUCAUUCCCUUCUUCGGUGAUCAGCCACACACCGCGGCCAAGGUCGCCCAGGCGGAGAUCGGCGUCAGAUUACAGUUCAGGGACCUCACCAAAGACUCCCUGAUACGUUCUAUACGUACCGUCUUGGGGGAUACAAAAUACGCAGACAACAUGAAGAGGCUGUCGGCCGUGUUCCGCGAGCACAGGGCGGACUCCCUGGAGCGGGCCGUGUGGUGGGUGGAGUGCGUGAUCCGCCACAGGGGGGCCCCACACCUGUGCAGCGCCGCCCUAGACCUGCACUGGAGGCAGCUGCUGCUGAUCGACGUCGUCGCCUUCCUGGUGGUGGUCGCUGCCCUCACACUCUGCCUUGUCUACUUCGUCACGCGGCGGGUAGUAUCCAGCUUCAAAGAUUCCUUGGUUCUCUCGCAUCUCCUACUGCUGGUAUUGGUGCACAGCUCCUUCGCCUCCAAGAUACUGGUCAUCGCACCAUCGCCUGCCAUAAGUCACCAGAAACCGUUUCAUACGCUAACUCAGGCUUUACUUCAACGAGGCCACGAGAUCACUUUUCUUACUACGAAUCCUCUAAAGCUUGCUCAUGAGAAUCUAACGGAAAUUGACCUGUCUCCAGCUUAUGAAGUUCAAAAUGAGGUUAAUUUUGUAGACUGGGCUUACAUGUCACCUGUGGAAACACUGAACCUGAUUUUGGACGUAUGUAAUGACGUGGUUCGAGUGCAACUGAGUCAGCCAGCGGUACAGGAUUUUAUCAGGAGAAAACCCACUUUCGACCUGAUGAUCAUCGAACGACUACAGUAUCAAGCCUACUACGGGCUGGCCCACUUGGUCGGAUCGCCUCCUCUGGUUGGUUUUGUGACGAUGACUAAUUUCGCACCCGUAUACCAUAUGUAUGGCAGUCCCAUGAACCCUGCCUAUCUGCCCGAUCUCUGGGUGGGAUUAUCUGAUCAUAUGACCUUCUGGCAACGUCUGUACAACACUUACUUCUAUCUAAGGCUCUAUUACAUGUGGUUCUGUCGAGUAAUCCCAGAACAGGAGAGCGUAAUGCGAGAAUUCUUCGGAGCGGCACCACCACCAGUUUACGAGACGGAGUUCAACUUCAGCCUCCUCAUCACCAAUAACGACUUCUCCUUGGAGUACGCACGGCCACUGACGCCGAACAUCAUUGAAAUCAAUGGCAUCCACGUACCGGUGGAAGUCGAACCGUUAUCUGAGGAUAUCCAGAAGUUCCUGGAUGGAGCAGAGCAUGGUGUGAUCUACUUCAGCCUCGGUUCGAACGUGAAAAGUACUAACCUCCCACCUGAGAUGAUCCAGGAUAUUCUGCAGGUAUUCAGACAGCUGCCACAGCGUGUCCUCUGGAAGUGGGAGAACGACUCGCUGCCUUCUCAGCCAGAGAAUGUCAUGACCCGAAAGUGGCUGCAGCAGCCGUCUGUGCUGGCUCAUCCGAAAGUCCGCCUUUUCAUAAUGCAGGGUGGUCUCCAGAGCUUGAACGAGGCCACGUACCAUGCAGUUCCAUUAGUGGUCAUCCCGGUCUUCUCUGACCAGCACCAUAACGCUGCAAAGAUUGCACAGUCACAGAUUGGCGUCAGGUUGAAUAUUCAAGACGUCACGAAAGACACAUUUCUGCGUUCCAUACGUACGGUUCUGGAAGACACGACGUACAAGGAUAACAUGAAGAGGCUCUCGCCCGUGUUCCGCGAGCACAGGGCGGACUCGCUGGAGCGGGCGGUGUGGUGGGUCGAGUACGUGAUCCGCCAUGAGGGUGCCCCUCACCUGCGGAGCGCAGCCCUCGACCUGCACUGGUGGCAGCUGCUGCUGCUCGACGUCGUCGCCUUCCUGCUGGUGGUCGCUGCCCUCACACUCUGCGCCGUCUACUUCGUCACACGGCGGGUAGUCUCCUUCUUCAAAGGCAGCAAACAGAAGCAGAAGCAGAAGAAGCAAUGAUGCGAUGAAAAUGGAUUGCGUGAAAUCUUUCGUUAGGAACCGCAGACUCACCAAUAUUUCAAAAUGUGUGCUUCUCUGCGAAUAAUACUUCAGGAAUCACAGUCUAUACCAUCAAGUUAUGAAGUAGUUAUUUCGUGUCAUUGCAACAGUAUUCUAUUUAUAUUUAGAUGUAGUGUGUUGGAUUGUAUUGGAGUCAGUCGACUGUAGGAAAAUAAUUCGAAUUUUAGUUAUCAUUAGACUAACACGUAAUUAAUUUAAGUGGAUUACAAUCAUGUGCAUUUACAAUUGACAGAAAUAAAGUUUUAACGAUCAUCCAUUUCCAGAUAAAUAUGUAAAUCGUGAUACACUGUAUGUAACCUCCCCCUCACUUAUCGACCUUAAUGACAGUGAAAAAUUAAACCGCGUGCAC